UUUUAAAUUAAUGUUUCAUAUAUAACAUAUUUAUAUUUCCUAUAUAAAUAUUGAAACUUGGUAACCGAUCUUCGUACGGAAACACCCUUUACCAACAAUUUGCAAUUGCGUAUUUGUGUGUGUAUUUACUUUGGUUAGACACAAGGACGAAAGGGAUACAUAUUCAUACAAGAAGUAAUGAAAUAUCUGCAUUAGUACUUCGUUGUUGAUGAAAUCCACGAAUUUAAGUUAACAAAUUAUUUGGGAAAUCUUCAGACCAUUGCAUUUCACUUCACCUUCAGGCUUAACCCAUAUGCACAGGACAUAAUAACAAACUCCGCUUUAUGUUAUCCAAUUUAUGCAGCGAUGAGGAUUAACCAGAGUCGCACAACAACGUCAAAGAUCCCGCAAAUCGAAACAAUGUAAAUACUAAAGUUAAUCAUGGGGCGAUAAUUAAAAUAACUCUUCUCAAAAAUAAAAGAUCUAUUUACAACGAAAAAAUAAGUCAGUUGUUUCAAGUACAUCGUUUUUAACUUUGUUCUAAGAAAUUUUAAAACAAAAUUAACUGCGAAGCAAAGUUCCAGCGCUAAACUUCCAAAAUCGACACAAAUUCACAAGCACAAGGCUUGACUUAUUAAACAACCUGAAACGCACCCGCUCGUCAACUCCAAUCGAAUUCGAAAGACGCCCAUAUUCAUUCCAAAUUACAUAAAUACACAGCCAAAAGCAAACAAAAACAAAAACAAAUCGAUUUAUUUCGACAAUGAAGCAACGCAAAAGCGGAAAUACGAAGAACCUGAUGUGAACUAACGGUGCAAUACGUAGGCUAAUGAUUGUAAAUUAACAUUUUAAAUUUAAUAUUAACGAUAGGAAAGAUUCAAUUUCGGUUUGUCUAUAUAUACUUAGUUGUUGUGUGAGUAAAAUAAGUUAUUGAACGCAAAUAUAGCAAUUGUAUAGGAACCGAACUCGAUUAGAUUAAUUCCAAACUAAUUAGUUCAAUAAAAGCCAUAAGCAGCAAAAGAAAUCAAAAGAAAAGUGUGCAAAAAGUUGAAAAGUCCCUUAAAUGGUAUAGUUUUGUAAUACAAUUAGUAAUUGUAUUAAAAGUGGUUGAACCGGCGAGUAUUGAAAAUUCAUAAAAAUUCUGGUCUACAAAAUGUCAUUGGCCGAUAUGGGUACAGCGACUCGAGAUGGCGGCAUAAGCGGUGGUGGUGUUGGUGUUAGCGGUGUGGAUGGUGUGGGAGUGCCGGGCGGACGCAUGACUCACUCGUUGAGCACGCCAUCUGGAGUCGAUGGCACACCAUCCACACCAAGACAUCGCGGUGGCAAGAAGUUAACCGUUCGCAUACAAAUGCUAGAUGAUUCCGUGACCAUGUUCCAAGUACAGGCAAAAGCACUUGGGCGCGUUCUAUUCGACCAGGUCUGUCGUCAAUUAAAUCUACUUGAGGCCGAUUAUUUUGGUUUGGAGUACCAGGAGAUAUCUACACACACCAAAUAUUGGCUAGACCUCGAGAAACCCCUAAAUCGACAAGUUGGUCUGUCGCUUAUUGAUCCAGUGCUGCGUUUCUGCGUUAAAUUCUACACUCCUGACCCAGCACAACUGGAAGAAGAGUACACGAGGUAUCUCUUUUGUUUGCAAAUUAAACGGGACUUGGCCAACGGUAAUUUGCAGUGCAAUGACAAUACCGCAGCUCUAAUGGCCAGUUACAUAGUGCAGGCAUCAUGUGGCGAUUAUGUGCCUGAGGAUUAUCCUGAUCACACCUAUUUGUCGUCGUAUCGUUUUGUACCUCAUCAGGAUGCUACCAUGCAGCGGAAAAUCAUGGAGAAUCACAAGAAGCAUGUGGGACAGUCUCCUGCUGAAGCCGAUUUGAAUCUGCUGGAAACGGCUAGGCGGUGUGAACUAUAUGGAAUGAAAAUGCAUGCAGCCAAGGAUGUGGAGGGUGUGCCCUUGAAUUUAGCAGUUGCUCAUAUGGGAAUUGCUGUCUUCCAAAAUAUCACGCGCAUUAAUACCUUCUCCUGGGCGAAAAUACGUAAGAUAUCAUUUAAACGUAAACGGUUCCUGGUGAAGCUUCAUCCCGAAGGAUAUGGGUAUUACAAAGACACUGUGGAAUUUUUCUUUGAGGGGCGCAAUGAGUGCAAAAACUUUUGGAAGAAAUGUGUAGAGAAUCACGGAUUCUUCCGUUGUGCAGCAGUGCAGAAUCAGCCUAGACGAAAAGCUCGGGUGUUAUCGCGUGGCAGCUCCUUCCGGUAUAGCGGCAAAACACAGAAACAGAUCAUCGAAUUUGUUCGUGAAAACUAUGUUAAACGACAAAACUUUCAAAGGUCACAGUCAUUCCGGCAAGGGCCUUUGAAUGCUAGUAGCCGAAGUCAGUCGCAUACGUAUGUGAACUCCAGCAUUUCAGCCAAUCCCCUUCUCCCAAUUGACACUGCGGACUGGGAUUAUCGCAAUCAAUGCACCGCCUCGACGACGCUUUCUCUGACGAAGAAGGCAGCGGAUACCUUGGAUCGCCGACAAGACAAUCCUACAGACCACACGCGUUCUCAAGUCACAGCAGCCCAGGUGGAGAUCUAUCAGACGAAGAAUUAUGCUCCGGAAUCGCCAACAUUGGCGGAGGAACAACAACACCACUCGGCAGCGGCUAUGGACCAAAUGAAUUCGAACCGCUCUGUCUCUCCUCAGGGUCCGGGGUCGUGGACUUCGCUCAAUCACAACAGUCAGCAACACAGCAAUAUACGCGCCCAAGAUCAGGCUCGUGCGCAUCAAGGAGAUCACAAUUUAGGUCUGAGCCACUUGUCCCACUUAUACAGCAGCAGCACCCCUCGUCGAGUCUCAGUGGCAUCUCAAGCGUAUGUCCCUGUGUCGCCGCAGCUCAUGCACACCAACACCAGCAACAGCAACACCAUCAACACUAUCACAACCAACACAGUGGGUCUGUCGGUGGAUCUCAGCAGCUCUAUGGAGUUGGAACAGGAGGAGGAUUUGGAGGAGGAGGAGGAGGAAUUAGUCGAGGAGGAAGCGGAUUCGGACUUGACAGCAUCUACAACCAAUCGGGAGAGUAUGGUAUCAGCGGCACCGGGCCCUGCCCUUCAUCAGCAGCUUCGGUCACAGGAGUCCCAAUCGCAAACUGUCACCCCAGUCCAUUAUAGCAGUACCAAUUAUUCGAUGUCUAAACAGUGUUUGCUUAAUAAUAAUAACUCAACUGAAACUGAAACAGAUAACAUUAUAUACACCGACAUAAACGAUAUUGGGCAUUAUAAAUAUCCUGACUUUACGAGUAUUACCCCCAAACCCGAAAAUAAAAUAUCCAAUUCCGAAAAUUUAAAUCUGAAUGAUCGUAACGACAUUUAUGCGACCGUUAAUCGCAAAACUAAAUCCAAAUCACGUGAGAAACACUUUAGUGAUGAGUUUAUUGAUGAAUCCAUAUUACAGUAUACACGAGCUAAACAAAUGGGCAUGACGGAUAUGCAAGAGCAAAACGGUCAUUUCGAACCUGAACGCGGGUUUUCGAGUCUUAAUUAUCAAUAUCACAAUGACUUAAACCAUCCGUCUGACUCGUCUUCGUCAUAUUUCGGAACUGGGUUCGGUACUAAACGCUAUGCGACCGCAGAGCGUGCUAAACUAACUCAUUCCGAAAACUAUCUUACACCGUCAAUGGACUCACAGAGCUCUGUGUCGGGCAUAGGAGGUGUAACGACACGACGACAUACGCACUCACUGCCUCGCAACUCCGAACUAUCCGGUGUAGACUCUGUGGAUUCCUAUGACAGUCACUACAUCACUCAUCAUGCUCACUCGAUUGGCAAUUUGCGUCCCAACACAAAUAUUACUAACAGUUAUUUAAUAUUCAACGAUAGUAAGCCGGUCAGCUCUGCUGAGGAGCGCAGCACCGCCGGUUCACCAUUGAAUCGUUUUAAAACUUCGUCGGAAAAACUCGAAUUUGAAAUAUCUUCCGGCAACUUGUACUCUACAAGCCAGUAUAAUAAGGAGGCAUAUGAUGGGGAGAACAUUUACGACCAAGUUGAGAAGGAGUCCUGGUUGAAGAGUAGUUCUUGCAAAGAUCUAUAUGAUUUUUCUUCGUUUUAUGAAAGCGAAAAGUCCAAGCCAAUGACUGCUUUCGACAAGGAGUUCCUCUCGUUUAAUCGUAUUGACUCUCCCGUUACCCGUUACGAUGAUUCGAGACAUUCAUUGUAUAUUACCAAAAACCAUUCAAUUGAUGCCACUCAAGACUUUUCCCCAUUGCCCAACUCAAAAGUAUAUUCCUCUAGUUAUCCAGGCAGUACAUAUAAUACUCAAGAUCACCAGCACAAGCGUGCUUACGGACAUCAAGUUGACUAUGGUGGUUCCCAAGACGAUAUUUCACAGGAUAGUUAUGAGCUCCUUGAAAAAUAUGACAUUGACUUUUUCAGUGGUCAUCGCCGAUCAGAUGAUCAUAUGCGAUCAUGCUCGCUUGAUUCAGGUAACUACAUACCGAGUGAUGAUGAGUCAAUUUCGGAACAACAUAAAUAUCGUUCUGCUAUGGAUGUCAAAUGUAAGUCCGCUGUUGAUAUCAUGAAUGAAAUUUGGGACUCUGAAGAUCCGCGCUACUUGCCACGUGAGAAGUUAUGCGUGAAGUCAGAUGGUAGCUUUUAUAAAAAGGUCAAAGAGGCUCUUUCUCGCACUUCUAGUCAAGAGAGUCGGAGUGAAGUUUUUGAGACGAAAAUGUCGCGUAGUUCAGACUCCAGCAAAAAAUCGCGGGACAGUUUGUAUCACACCGACAGCAAAAAGUCGCGUGAGACAACCAAGAGUAAGACGUCAGUGGCAUCUAGUCAAGACUCAAAAGAAUCAUUGAUAGGAGACUGUUUCGGUCGCAACUAUGAGAUGCCAACCACCACGGGAAAAAAGCUAAAGCAUUUAAAUAAAAAGGAUCAAUAUGAAAAAUAUCAGCAAUCUAGUCAAGAAUCAAAGAGUGAUUACUACGAUGCCGUGGAAGGUGUCGAAACUGAUAGUCUCUGCGGACGGCCAAAAGUAAAAAGCCAUGAUUGUUUAUUGUCUGACACACACAGCUCGACUGCAAACAGCUCGUUUUACGACAGCCGUGACACAUAUUCAACGUUUCCGAGCAAUAAGUCACACAAAACAUCCAAAGUACAUUCGAUCAGUCUCCAAAAUGUAGAAAUUGAGAGGAAUACUAAAUCAUUUGGAAGCAAAUCACCAGAUGCAGCUUCGACACCAGCAUCAGGUAAGAAAUGCAAAGAAAAAGAAAUUCAGACCAACGACUCUAUUGAUCAGACUGCACCAAUUAAAAAAGUUGACUCCCAGUCGUCGAAAAUUUCUGCGUUCCGGCGACGUUCAGACAGUGAGAAUAUUUUCAGCUUCGAUCAGGAUCGCAUUGAAUGCAUUCAGAAUUAUACCAAACAGUGGGAAGUACAAGGCAAAGAAGAAAAGACCAAACAGAGCCCAGAGUACCCCCUAACACCAGAACUAGUGUCAGAAUUCGAAAAACAACAAGCGCGUGCUGCUAAGCAAAAAGUAACUCGUAAAGAGGAGUUGAUGGCUAAAACCCAUUUUGAAGAGUACAAUCCGAUUAUGGCUCCUCUUAACUAUUCACAUGCUACAGUGGAACGCACUAAAAGUGAUCCCAAUUCAUUAGCGAAUCGCGCUCGUCUUGGUAGCAACUCUCGUCGUCAUGUGUUGAUGCAUCAGAAGUCCAUAGACUUAACUCCAGCCGAUUCUAGUGAUGAAGAUUAUAUUUACAAGCAAAUACCGAGUGCUCCACCGCUUUGCAAGGCACAUGGUAAUUUUGAGAUUCCAAAGUGUUUCGAUGUGCCCCCAGUUUUGCCGGAUAUUCCAAAAACCGGUUUUGAAUUGCCAAAGAGUUUCUUCAGAGAGUAUGACAGACGUUUUCCAAAAGUCUUGAAAGAUGACAUUCCAUACGUUUUACAUAAGCGCCAUAUUAUGAAUGGCACAGCUCCUUCACUUGGUGAAAAGAAACAUACAAAACCAAAAUCGCCGAAAUCACCAAAGUCCCCAAAAUCGCCAAAAUCUCCAAAAUCACCAAAGACGGAAGCUACAAAAGCUGUGACUUCGACUAGUCAGGUCGCUGACUUUCUACCGGACAUAUUGGACAGCUUGCUGCCAGCAGAAACUAAAGAGUUUCUAUUUACCCAAAACAUUGAUCUCUCUAAAGUAGAUCCCAUAACUUUGGAAGUUAAUAAGUCCAUACCGACUAUCGAAUUAUCUUCACCUAAGCGGGAUAUUACUAAACAAAUGGAUCCAUCUUUGUUGGAGAAACUAAAUAAAAAACUCAGUCAAAUAGAAAGUGAUUCCGCAACUUCAUCUCGAACCGAAAGUAUACAGCAACAAAAGAAUAAACUUGAGCAAAAACAAAUAGAACUUAUACAGAAUCUGCGGAAAGAACUACAAGCCAAUACUAGGAAAGUGGUAAAGCCCCGUAUAAUACCAAAAACAAAAAUAUCCAAUAAGCCCAAGAAAGCCAAAACUCGCAUAACAUCAUUCUCCUCCGACGAUGAAAGUUUGGAUUCAGACGAUGUUUUUGGUUCGGCUGAAGCCAUACCCGCUAGACUUGAGUUUUCACCUCCUCAGUCACGUAAAGAAAUAGAACCAAUAUUGCGCAUUGAACAGAGCCGUUUGAUAUCCGCUGCAUGGGGUCGUGGACAGACUAUGAGCUCAACUGAAAUUGAGGGAUCACCGCCACAAUGCCGUCGGCUUGCUGAACUGGAAAGUCGUUACCAUACACAAAAACUUGAUCCACAAUAUGCCAAUACCACAGAAUUAAGACGAAUUUCUGAGAGAUCGAUUUCCAUUCCGUCCUCGGAAGACGAGCCACUGCACAUUCCAACCAGACGUAUGGACGAGUGCACUAACGAUUAUCAACGCAACGAAAAUAUUCCGUCGCCAAUAUUAGAACACGCCGAAUUUUUCCGCAGUAACGAUGAUAUUUACGAAACUUGUCAAGAGGAAAAAAUAACGGAAUCAGAUAUUGAUUAUACUCUUAAGAAGAAAUCAUCACCACGUACUGAAAUGCCAAAAUCAAAAGCUAAAUUUAUUGAAGAAAUCAUAGAUUCUUCAAUAGUUAUGCGAUCUAAAGGUCAUGCACCGAUUCUUUUCGCACAUGCCCGUCUAAAUUUGUCCGAAGGUUCGGUAUCACUUCAGCGACAAAAAGCUACGCAAGAGUCACCAACAACCGAGAGGCGUACCAAGAGCCUAGAUACUCCAGUCAUAUCACUACACCGACUUCCACCUAUGAACGCAUUUUCGUCUAAAGAUGAUACAGUUGGAUUUGAGGAGGAAGCUGAAAUAUUGGAAGAAAAGUCACUGGAACGAGGAAGUGGUGUUCAGCAAGAUGAUGAUACUGCUGACAGCAUACACUCUUGCGCGGGCUCUAUACCGACACAAACGAGUUAUCAUACUGCAGGAAAAGAUUCUUUACUGAAUACAGUAUCCAUUGAUGAGGAAGAGAUACAGUUGUUAAAUCAGUUAAAGUUUAUUGAGAAAAUUGCAUUGCAAGGUGUUAAAAUAAAAGCAAAGAAAAAGUCGAAGAUGAGACUUAGAAGUGGAGAUCACUUAAUAUUGGAUAUACCUAAGUACCGUUUCACUGACUGGUCGCCCUAUAGCUCAGCCAAUAGUUCUCGAAAAACUUCUCCGGGUGUUUCGCGAGCUAGUAGUAUCGAAAGUACUGGUAAAGGUAAAUUUAAAAUUGGACCAAAGUCUCCAGAGAGUACAAAAUUAAAAGCGGGAACAUCGCGAAGUCGUCCAGAAUCUCGACGUACCAGUGUAGACGAUAGUAAGGUAAAAGAUGGAAAAGGAAAAAAAUCAAGUCCAAAAGAACGUCCUCGUUCCAUUGAAGCUCGUCGCCUGAGCAAGGAUAAAAGCAAGUCUCAAGAGGAAACAGAAGCAGAUAUUGCUAAACGAAAAGAACGACAACAAAAAUUAUAUGAGUCUGCCAUGAAACAGACCAUAACUAUGCUUAGCCCUGUUAAAGAUUCACUGCCACCAUUCCCAGCCCCUGAAGAUAAAAUCUCAGUUAAGACGGAUGGAGAUAAAAUUAUAAUAGAAACAGAGUUUAAGAGCAAGGCUGAAGAUCACGUUUUAAUAGCGAAAUCUCCACGAAAGUUGGACACGUCGUUAGUAAAAUUUAGUCGCAGCUUCGAUGAAGGACGUAGCCCAGACAAGUUAGACAAAGCCAAUCGCAGCUUCGAAGAUCGUAAUAAAUCUUUCGAAGAAUCUGAAAAAUCAGACGUACCGGAUGACAUGGUAAUUAAGUCACCUAAGAAAAUUGCCAAAAGCCAAGAGAUUAAACAAAAAAUUGAAGGAAGUGUUGUGCAUAAAAAAAUUGAUAGUAAGUCUAGUAGUUUGGAAAAACCUUCUGAACAUCAUUAUUUGGGAACUGAUAUAAAGGCAAAAAGCCUUGAUGAUAAAAAACCGGCACCAACUGCAGAACCAAAGAAAGUUGAUGAAAAAUCUACCACACGAAGUGCUAUAGGUGAUCGGCGCAUGUUUGCACAUCAGUACAAUGUUCACGAGGAUAUAGAUAUGCAAGCAGUUAUUUCGGAAAGGCGAUCAUUAGAAAUACUAAAGAGAUCUUUGCCAUCCGAAGAUACAAAAGAAAGUGAAGGUACAUAUAGCCGUAAACCAUCCACGGCAGAGAGCUUGGAUUCAUUUGUGUCAGCGGAUGAUAGUCAUUCGCCAGCAAGCAAAUCUCCAGUUCCACCAGAAGUUUAUCCACAUCGCGUACCAACAAUUGAAUGCGAAGAACCGUCUAUUGAAGAAGAUGAUAACUCGGGAGAAUGUCGUCAUUUAAAAGUGUCUCGUCAAGAUACUAACCGAUUAAGCUUGGAUCGUAGUCGUAGCGAUGAGACAGGCUCGUGGAUUACUGUUGAGUGUGAUGAAUUCGUUGGUUCGGAUACUUCUGAUAAUGAACCUCGUACAUUGGAGCCAGAUCGUAAUAUACUGGAGACACAAGCAACCUUGGAGGAUGCUAUUCCGCUGGAAUAUUCCAAUUGUGCUACACCAACAUCCGAUUUAAAUAUUUUAGUAACUCCACCAAAUACGAGUCCAUUGAUCGAGAAAUCUGUUUUAGAAACUUUUGAAAAACAAGCUGAAACAUCCGAAACUAAGAAGAAACAUAGCUUAGAGAAGCAAAGCGACAAAUCUAAAAGUUCUGAUUCGUGGACAAGUGGGGAAAAAGAUGUUAGUCCUCAUCGUGGUGAACAUCAUCAUGAUUGGAGUCUAUCUGUAAGUGGUGGGAAGGAGAAAAGUUCUAUGGACGAAGAGUCCAGUGUAAGCUGUUCCAUCGCAAGACCUUUGGGAAUUUCCCAAGAUUUUGGAGAUAUUGAAGAAAAGAAAUGUCUAGAACUUAAACAAAGAAUGUUAAAAUUAGAAGUAGGUAAUGAGGGCGAAGUAGGAGAAACACAUAUUCCGACUAAAACAAGUCCUACCGGUGGUUCAAAUGAAACCACCCCAACCAACGAGCCAAAAAUUAUAGUAAAGAAACCAACAACCCCAACUUUAGAGAAACAAAGUCCAAUAGAUUUGGGCAUAAGCACUGAAAGCUUUUUGGAUCCAAUUGAUGAAAAACUAACAAAACUUCUUCAACGAAAUGAAGAUAGUGAAUCUAGUUCUGGUGCCUCGAAAAAACCACCCAAAAUCGAAAAACCUGCACGUACUAACGUCGGCAAAAAACUGGCGGUAGUCAAAACGGAUGGUGGUGAUAAGACUGGAAAAUCGGGAAGUAGUUCACAGGAAUCAAAGUCAAGUUUUGACUCGAAAGGAUCUUUAAGUGUAGAAUCUCGUGGAUCCUUUGAAACCGAAAGUAGUUCUGGAUCAAUGGGCGCGGCACAUCGUAGAGGAGAAUUAGUACAGAAAGAGCAACAAUCAACAUGGAAGCCGUUUCCUAUAGAAAGCUCUGGCAGCUCUAGUACAGAUGACCCUUGGCAUCACGUUGAAACGGAUGGUUAUGAGCGAUACGAUGCCAACAAUCCUUUACGUGAUUCUUCUGACAGCGAUUUAAAAGAGGUAUCACCAGAUGACCAAAAGGAAAGUGACACCAGUUUUCAAGAUGAAUUAAAUGAUUUCCCAACUACAUUUGGGUAUCCUUCAAUGACAAGCUCUUUAAGUGGAAUCGGAGUAAACCCAACGGAUAUAAUUGGUUAUACUACCGGUUUUACAUUGGGAAGAACAUUAUCUCGGAUAUCUGAACGUAGUACAGCUUCAGAAAAAUCUAGUAUGGAAGACGAUGUUAGUAAGGCAUCUACUCAUUCUGUAAGUAUGCGAGAUGAAUCUGUUGGUUCUACAGAUCACCAACCAAGUUUAAGCUCAGAUUCUCGAAGCAAUACCAAUUUGGCUUAUAUAUCAGAUGCUGAUCGACGUACAUCGGCCGAGAUGCCAGAAAUUCCUUGUGACUCUGCAACUGGCGAUAGGCUCUCUAGUAUUGGCAGCUUUAACGAACCGAAAUCUCCGAUUGUUGUGACCGGACGCUUUUCUGUCACUCAAGUCGAAGAGCAACAAGGCGAUGAUGUAGACAGACACACCCUUAUGUGUCUUUCAAAUGCAGGAAGUCAAGAUUCAGAAGAUUGGCCACUUCCCGAAAUACCCUUCGAUCAUGUACCAGUAAAACCAGUAGAAUCUAUCUAUCAAAUGCCAGAUCUGGAUAAACCUGUGCCGAAAACAUUUUGUUGGAAAGCCAGUAAAUCAUUUCAAUCGCAAGAUUCGCAAGACUGGCCUUCCCCACCACCAAGUGCUAUGGAACCUCCAUUAAUAAUUGAAGAUAUUGAAACAUAUUAUGCCACGGAGGCACAAAGUGCUGAUCAAGUAAUGGUAGAGUCUUUCACAGCAACCGAUAAGACAGAUGAUGACAUGCAAUCACAAGCCGAUGAUAGGCUCUCCAAUGAAGACUUCCCAAUUACUCCUCCUGAUGUGGCGAAAGUUUUACCUUAUGAGGAUACGGCUUAUUUAAUGUCGGCAGCAUUUGAAGAUAAAGAUUUCGGUAAUGAGGAUACUCAACAUGACACUCCAACAUGUCUAAGUUCAACCUUGAGUGCGGCGUCUUGCCUCUCGUCUUCAUUUAAUGUAACUUGUUCAUCCUCCCAAAAAUCAACACAAAUCUCUCCUAUUAGAAAAGAUUCUAGUCCCGAUUCGGUAAUCAUAUCCCAACCAACACGCUCACCAACCAUCCGAAGUCCAAUUUCCGAAGAUGAGGUUUUAUCAAGUGAUGAUGUGUUUAUGCCCGGUACUGUAAAAAUUCAAUUACCAACAGACGAAAAUCGUGCAACCGAAUAUUUGCGAAAGUUGUCUCGAGGUUCAAAUAACUCUGAUACCUCUAUUGAUGAUAUUUUAUCAACAUCUGGAACAUUUAUGGAAGACCAGACCACCGUACGACGUAAUUAUGAAUCACGUCUCAGUACAGGUUCUUGUAAACGGUGUAGCCAUUCUAGUCAUUCCGAAGAGGAAACAAGUUCAAUUGGAACUGAUUUAGACGGCACGGUGCGUAUGGGUUUACAACAGAAGAAAUGUACACAUAGCUCUCAUUCGGAAGACACAUCGAUUGGAUUGAGCAUUUCUGAGUGGUCAACGGGCACCAACACAGUCCGCCAAUACGCGAAUCUCUCUGGGUCAGAUAGUCUCUCGGCAGUGUCAACCCAAUCAUGUGCGAAAAGUGAGAAGUCAAAUCAUACAAAAUCUAGUAUGAGCUCAAUAAACAAAUCGGCCGAAAGCUUGAAUGAACAAAGUGGAAGUUUUUCGAAAGGACUUUCUGGUGAUAAUGGUUCAUCUGAUGGUAUGCGCUAUGAUAUACUAUCAAACUCUGAAACAGAAAAAAUGUCUGAAGCCACUUCGGCGACAAAAAGCGACGACACUACACUGACCCUUACAGAGAUGGCUCAAACAAUGACUGAGUGGUCUACGUCAAGCAGCCGCACUUUGGUGGGGCCUCAACCUGGAGAAAACCCUCAGGAUCCAAGAAGCGGAAGAAGAGGCAGCUACAUAGACUAUGUACCACUGAAACAGCCGCGAGGAAUUUCUAAAAAGUCUCCCAGUGAAGAGUUGCGUACUGCUAUUCCGCAAGUACACCGUAGGAGUGCAAGUAAUGGCAAUAAUGGUCGCACUACUUUAGAUGAAACGGGACAAAAAGGUUCCACUCCGAAAUUAGGUGACCACGGACGACAGAAUUCAUUAUCUCGUUUAAUAAAAUUGGAAGAGAAAGAAGUUGCUACAGAGCAUACAAGUGCUGCGCGAAAACGACGUUCACUGGAAAUGAUGUCAAAGCUGUACCAAAGUCAGGAUAUAUCUUCAGAAAGUGAAGCUCCUUUCGUAGAGCGAUUAUAUUCUCCUAGUGAGAAGCUAACAGAGCGUUAUCAAAGUCAGGAAUUCGUUCCGUUGCAUGGAGCCACAGCGCAAGCUCAACAAAUAAACACUACAAUUCAAAAGUCAAAAGCUUCACCGUCACCGAUAAAACCAAGAGCACCGCAGCCCCCCACAAAACCAAAGCCACAAGUAACACGGCCAUUAAUGCAAGCCUUGUUAAAGCAUAUGAAAGCAGUUAGUAAAGCCGAGGAAACUUCCGCUUCAGCUUCCAUAUCUGAGGCAUCGACAUCGUCGCAAGUAAGUUCUUCCAAGAAGGCUCCUCCGCCACCUAUACCAAAUAUACCACCCAUUACGUCACCAAACGAUUUACCACGAACUCAUUCAGUAGGUCAACUUCCUGAUAAGCCACUCGCGAAGCAUCAUAGCUAUGAUGAUAAAACCAUGUCUAAAUCACAAAUACGAGAAUACAAAACCAACAAACUUCGACAAUCAAACUCUUUUCAUGAGCACAUGUUGUCGAAGUCGCAGCAAUCUUCCCAAGAAUCAAUGCCACCGCGUAUUGACGAGGAGUCGUCGAUUGGCGGAGAGGGUAACGGUGUAUCGUCAGCUACCACAACAGUCACCAAUUACAGUGAAAAUACCACAAGUACAGAAACGUCGUCUCCUAUGUUACCGCAGCGGGCAGAAAAGCUAGUUAAAUGCUCACCAUAUUAUUCAAGCAGCUUGAGCUCAGAAUCGCCCCCAAAUCAAUUGGUACAAAAACCACCACGAAAAAGUUCAAUUACACGGAAUACCAUGAUUAAGAGUCCACCAAGCGGCAAUGACACUGAUAGUUCUAUGGACAUACGAACACAAGAUCCAAAACUGCGUAACAAAGGAUACCGUCGAAAACGACAAGUACCGACCAAAAGAAUGCGUUCGACGGAGCGUGCUUUAAUAGAACAAGAGAGCUCCGAAUGCUCAGAAGGUUAUUUACCAGAAAUCGACUCUGGUAGUUCCGAUCCCUCAUACCGACCAGAAGAUCAGUAUUUAGAAUUUGACGAAGAAUUAGAACACGAGCAAGAAACCGACGAGUACGAUGAUUACCCUCAAUAUUCUGGCGCUGCUUACGCAACGUCCAGCAAGUUUGAAAGUUUGGACAUGACGGAUAAUGUAGAUGAAAUGGGCUUUCCACGAUACGACCGUUUGAGUCACAUAACCAAUCCAAUGUAUCACACACAAUUAAUGCAACCACUGACAAGCCAGAAUGGGGCGACGAAACCCGCCCCAGCCAAUCAUCCAAUGCCACCGCCAAAUGGCCAACCGGUGAAACCAGCGCGUACCAAAAAACGUCAGCUAAAGCGUGAGGAAUCAGUUACAAGUGAAGCUACUGUAGAAAAGCUGGAAACAACGCUUAAGCCAGAGCAAACCCACAUUCGACCAUUCCUCACUCCUGAGGACAGUGAAGUUGAGAGCAAAGAUGGCCUCUCAGAUGACUUUGCGAAUUCAAGCGAGGAAAGCAGUGGGUUUGCACAGGCAACUGGUACGAUAAGACGCAUCACUGACGGCACAUAUACGCAAUACGGCGGCGAUAUCGAGUUACCGUACCCAGACUUUCUUUCAGACUAUGAGAAUGAACCAAUUGAGUAUGAACGCUAUGCAUGUGGUUUGGAUAUACGCGUUGACCCGCCGCCAAAGUUUGACGAUUCGGAUAAUUUAAGCGACCACUAAUGGAAUAUAUCCACACAAUGAAGUUUUGAGUUUGAGUUGAGCUCUAAACUGAUGGUAUAUGAAACAACAUGGCACUAGUGUAAACGUGCUCUUACGUAGUUGAAAUAAAUAUAUGUAUGUAUACAUAUGUAGAAGGCAUUGUAAUCAAAACUUAUUGGUAGUAGCAAAUGUAAAGGGCAACGCAUCCUUAAAUAAGCGUUAGCGCGUUUGAAGUUUAGCAAAGUUGUUACACAAACAAAAGUCGAUCUUGAACUUGUUUAUAAAAAAUUGACUAAUACUCUCCAAAUCAUCUUAUAUUCAAUUGAGACUGAUUUAUGGUGUGAACUGCUGCAGCCAUUUUGCUUUCGACAAAUCCCCAUAAAGUUUAUAAAUAUUAACACGAAAUAAUUUUAACUAACUAACGAGCGAAAAAUAAAAUUUUAAUUAAAUUCCUUAUUUGCCUGAUUUUAAAAUGGCCAAACUUUUUUAACUACAACAACAUAAUCGUACAUAAUGUAGAAGUUUUGCGAAAACGCUAGUAGUCUGUAAGAUGAAAAGUAAAAAAAUAGUUUAAAACGAAAACAAAAACAAAAGCAUACAAAAAUCAUGAACAUCUGUUGUAAGUUAAAGGUUGAGAUUAUCUAAAGCUUGCUAAAAGCAACAAAUAUAAUAUAAUCGUAUUAAAAAUGUUACAUUUUAAUGCACUGUUUACUCAUCGAAUAAUUCUGAAUCAAAGAAGCAAACUUGAAGACAUUUAAAAUAGCUAAAUAUAUAAAGCAACUUAACUGCACACACUACACACACACACAAACAGAACCUUAAAAGAACAUUGCUAAUAUACAUACAUAUGUAUAUGUAUUAUCGAUUAAGAGGUCAAGUAUUGAAAAAUAAUGAAACGAUGGUAAUUUAUUUGAGAUCACAUACAUUGCUACUAUCUUUAACAUAGUAUGACGCUACCAGAUUAUGAAGACGAGUUUGGGAUACGAAAUGUUCUAUUAUAAAUCAGAUUUCAUAUGUUGUUUGACAAAAAUCUGCAACUUGAUUAUCUCAAUGCUGAAUUAUUUCUAUUGGCAAUGGUUUGCGGUCGAUUGGACUCGUUUUGGCAAUUACGGUGCGUCCGAGCUACGCAGUAAUUACAGCAGUACAGCAAGUGUGUUGCAUAUUUGCUGGUCCUCUGCUGAUGUGCAGACAAAAAUUUAGUGCUGCCGAUUUUUUGCACAAAUUGCGCCAGUUACAGAAGAACGUUAUGCUAUUGCAAGUGUUGCCAAAAUUCGCGCAGAACGUGAACACUGCUGUCGUGAUUGCCAACAAUUUUUUAUGUUUUUAUUUUAUUCAAUUAUUUCUAAUAAAUUUUAAACAUUCUAAUUGGUAAAUGGUUGAAUCAGCUAAACCUUCUUCGUGAAAGUUUAUACCAUUGUAUCAUAAAUCAAAAAAUUAUCGGAAGCAAUAUUUACUCGAGCUUAACAGUAAUAAUCAUUCGGAAAAUUCGUAAAAUAUUUCGCACGUGCCUACAUUUUAUGCAUUUGAAUUUUAGAGGGUCACAUGCAUCCGCAUGCCUUAGAAAAUUGUUAUAUUUUAAUAUGAGGUCGAAAAACUGCGUCACCAUCGCUGAUCAGCUGUUCAGUACAUAACAGAUUUUUAUUUAAAUGUUAGAAGAUGAACAAAUACAUUUUUCAAAUUUAGCACUGGUACCGCUUACUUCUUCUGCCAAAGAGACACAUUUAAAAAAAUUCUUCAUAUCUGACCGUCACCGAAGUUAUAGCAAUUUAAGAGGUAAAUUGGUUCGAAAGACGCGCGUUAUUAUUACAUUAUACAAUGAGGUCAGUUUGAUACGCAAAUUCCUAUUAGAAUGUUCAGAAGAAGUUUUUUUUUUUAUUUUUCACACCCUUUAUAUUAUUGUAAACCAAGUUUUAUUUGUCAUAAACUUUGGAUCUCGUCAGUCUUUCAGCUAAUAAAAGUUGUGCUGACAAAAAUACUUACCAAAAACUUUCAGUUAAAAUUGAAUUAUUAAUAAAAACGGAGAGUGAUAAAUAAAUAAGAAAUAUAAGAAACUGCCACGAAAUCCCACAGCUUUUCAUCCAAGAAUAAAAAGGAAAGCACACAAUUUGUACUUAUCUUCUAAUCGGUAUUACGCGCACACACACAUAGAAGCGACAAAAGUUUUGGGAUUUUUCUGGAAAUCAUCAAAAGUUUGGGAUGUUGGUCAAUCAAAGUAUGAAAAAAUACUCACUUUACAAGUAUACAUAUAUGUAUAUAUGUGUCUUUAUGUACAUAUAAAUGCAUAUGUCUGGUGCCAAAUUAAUAAUAUUACACUAAUUACAAGUUAUUAGUGGAGUGCCAAGUUUUUUGUCUGAUUUGUUUUUAAUAGAAAAUGAAUUUAUUGAAAUGUGCUUUUACAUACCUUAAUCAAAUACAUAAUAAAGUGCUUCCUAGUAAAUUAGAAACAUUGAAAGCAAAUAAGAUAUUAAGAACUACUGCAACCUACUUUUAAACGUUCGAUUAUUUUAUAUGUUCGUUUCUUUAAGUUUAGAAUAUAUAGUAUAUAAGAAAAUAAAAGUUUAUUAGAUCUUACCUUGUAUGUGAUAUAAUAAACAACUAGAGCCACUACUCUGGUGUCGUCGUUGUUGUUGGUUGUUUCCAUAAAAUUUAAAUUCAACAUACCUAGGUUGAUUAGUGCAUUGAAAAUAGCCGCAACUGGUGCCAUAAAUUGAAAACUUUUUGCUAUAUUAUUUAACUCUGCCUGAGGCACAAAAACUAUAUUUUGUUGUCUUCGGUGAACCAUUGCCCAACGGCAACAUUUCAAACCUCUACAAGCAAUAUUGAUUAUUUAAUAGUCGAAAAGCUAAUUAGAAAGUGGAUAUAAUCAUUUAUACUUCAUGUGUCUGUUCUACCUUGUUCGUUGUUUACCGCGCUUUACUGUGUUUUCUACAGAAUUCUAAGUGGGCUGCUAAUAAAGUAUCAACAGAAAUACAUUUUGCAGUCAAAGACAUUUUUUCACAGUUUUUUCUAAAUUCUAGGGCCCAUUUUUGCGUCUUUUUCAGAGAGUAAUUUGUGUAUCUCACUUAUUCAGAAGUUGGCAGGAAAAAAAUCCGGCUGACUUUGUGAAAUUUUCAAAUUGGCAAUUGGCUCACCACUAAUGUCAACACUGAAGCUUAUAUAAAAAGGGUACAACAGAAAAUAUGAUUAAAAUUUGUGUUUUGAUUUUUAAUACUUUUAAUCGCUAAAACAGUAGUUUAAAAAUAUAUUAUCUCUUAGGCAGGACCUUUUGGAAAUUUAACUCAUUUAUGUUCUACAUUUUUCGCUUUAGAGAUUGGAAAAGUUUAGAAUUCAUUCUGGCAGUAACACAAAAAAAACUAAUUUUUGUCCUCCAAACCUUACUAAACUUGUUUUUGAUUUUACAAAAAAAUAUUAUGAUAUUUUUAAACAAAAUGGCUCAAACCAUGAAACAAGAAUAUAGAACACAGAAUUUUAAUCUAAAUAAAACUUGCUGGUGAAGUAUCGAGGUAUGAUUUAGACUUUACAUAAUUUUUACGCGAAAUGGCGGUUGGAAACACAAAUGUCCAUUUUUUUACCGCAAAAAAUUAAAUGAAUGAAACAGAAAAAAAUCUUACGUAGUUUCCUAGAUAAUAAAUAAAGCUAAAUUUUAAAAUGGACCCACAUAAUAGUCUCCGUGUACCCCGUUUGCAAAGGGUUUCGAUAAAAACGUGUUUAGAGGUUUACGUUGAAGUUGAAUGAUUCAAAAACUUCGACGCUACAGCAAAUUGGAUAGAGAUUUUUUCACUGCUAACCGAAACCUAAUGUGUUAAGUCAAAAAAUAAGUUUCCAAUGAUUUAAAAGCCCUUUACUGGUUUAUCUCCUUACAAGAAUCUUUAUACACCUUAUGGUGUAUCUUUUAAAAGUGAUGACCAUGAAAUAUGAUUUGUUUACAGAUGAGUUAUUUGAGAGUAUAUUUUGUAAUAUUAUAUGCCUUAAAAUAAAAGAACAUACCACUAAGUUAGCUAAAAACAAAAAAUUGUGGUCGAAGCUUUGGAAUUUAUCUUUUAAAUUUUUAAAGUGCUAAGUUUAUGGAAGUUUCAGUUUCUGUUUUUUGGAAGUAUAUGUUUGUUGAAUGGGAACCACUUGUGGAAAUUUCUAAUUCUUACUUCCAUUCUGCGUAGAUAUAGGUAUGUUAUAUGCAUAAAUGUUAUAUGAAACCGUUUUUACUUAAUAUUUAAUGGUUAUACCCAUCUGUAUGUUUGUAAAUUUAAUAUGAUAGUUUUAAACUGAUGGACGGAUAUCAAAAUUUCUAAUCAAAAUCGUUGAAUUCAUUUGAAUGUGCCAAAUUUUAUGAUCUGUUGUCAAUAUCUACCGCAUAAGUAUUCCAUGUAGGAGUGUUUUGUUGUUCGUAGUUUUAAAGUGAUGCCACAUACAUGUGCUAAAUUCUGGAAUAUAUUAAAACAGAAAUGAGAAAUCCCAAAAAUAUAUGCAGAAUUUAAAGAAAUUAGGUUAAGUGAAGGCACAAGUACUUAAGGAUGGCAAUGAUGAUGAAAUAGAAAGUCAGUUAUGCA